AUGGUGCAGAUUGGAAGGUUAGGGGUCGGGGGUUCAGACUAUACAGCCUUUGUACAACAUAUUGGUGUGCCAUCAGUUGACGUGUCUUAUACUGUAGGAGAUUACCCUGUGUACCACUCAAUGUAUGAUGACUUUACCUGGAUGGAGGAGUUUGGUAAUCCUAUGUUUCACAGACAUGUUGCAGUUGCGAGCAUUUGGGGCUUUCUAGCUCUUCAGUUUGCAGACAAUGAAAUUUGGCCUUUCAACUAUCUUUCCUAUGCCGAAAAGCUUUGGAUAUAUGCACCUUCCAAGCAUAAUGAUUAUGGAUCAAUGUCGUACCCUUGGAUAGAUGAUGGAAUAGAAAAUGCAAUGACUCAAGAUACAGCAGAAUCAUGGCAGUCAGUGCAGCAUGAAGCCUGA